GCCAAGAAGCGGAAGCGACAGUCGAACGGUGUCGAUCGACCAAAUAAGCGCAUCGCUGGCGACAAGAUCAAACUCAUCCACCUCGACGGCGAAACAGGCGCUCACCCAGUGCUUCUCACUGCGCCAGGCGUGAAGACCCCUCAGGUGCCUUUCAAGGCCUACUCCAAACCGAGAUCGCCAAUACACGUCAAUGCGCCCGUCAAGCCGAGUACGCACGAUUUACUUCUACAUUCGUCGCAACACCCAAAGCUCGACUAUACUGCAACGCCCACCCUCGGCGAGGACGGUUUGAAGCAUUAUGUCUGCGUGUUUGAUCCCGCCUCCAAUAUCCUCGAGGUCGCAGAAGCCCACCAUUUGACACUGACGAGCACGCUUCGCUCUGAGAUAUAUGAGUUGGACGAAGCUGAGAAGGAGCGACUGAGCUAUGCCAAGCAGCGUGAAGCCUUGGGAAGCGAAUUUGGUACCAAGAAAGCAAAGAAGGCAAUUGCGGCCAAGACAGAAAAUGCGAUAAUAGGGGAUCGCAAGGGCAAGGGCAAGAUCACGGAUGUAGAGAGCGCCAUACUAGAAUCGAUCGGCGAGACAACAGCUGGUGCUGCAUCGAAAGCUUCCGAGAAGGAGACUGCGGACGCGCUCCUUGCUGCGAAGCCGAUCCCGCGACCCAAUCUCGAGGCAGAACAUCCAGAGCAGGUCUACACUUUCGAAGCGCUGGUAGGAGACGCUCAACAGUACAUCAAAAUCAAGGAUUGGCAGGACAAGGCAAAAGCAGGAGAAUCAGUCGAGUUCAAGGGCAUUCAGUAUCCGGCGACGCGGCUCAAGUUCGUUGCAGACGAUCCUCGCAAGCUGAAAGCUUUGAAGUAUCUUGCGCUGCUUCUCGAAUUUCACAACGUGCUGUCGAACGCCGGGAGGGCUGGCAAGAAGGUGCCAAAGAAGGAGAUAUUGCAGAAGCGCCUGCCUCCAUCGCGGUGGCCAGAACAGCUCGUGGACUCUGUGCGGCGGCGAUUCACGAAUGAGACUGGUCAAGAGCUUGGCAAGUGGCAGAUGGAUAAUCUGUACACUCACAUCUGCGCUCUUGCCCUAUUCAUUGACAACAUGGAAGUCGAUAUCUGGCUCCUGAAAGAAGACACGAAGCUCGAACUUAGCGCUCUUGGCCAUUACUUCCUGGAACUGGGUGCUCGCGUAGGACCUGUCACUGAAGCUGAGCGCACGCGAAGAGAGAUGACCAAGGCACAGGCAGCUGCGACUCGGAUGGCGCGAUUGAAGCUCCCUCUUCAAUUCCCACGG